GUCUUUCGGCACUGCCACAAGCUUUGAGAGCAAUGCUUCCAUCGACAUUCUGUCAUCGGAUGAUGAAGCGGAACUUCGAGGUGGGUCCCGGGGUGACACACCUCCCACCAAGAAGGCAAAGGCCUGCGCUGUGCCAUCGGUCAAGAUGGAGCGGGAUAUGCCCAAAGCUUUGGCCCCUGCUGUUCCUGCCAGCCCACCUCCCAAGCAGUGUCGGUGGGCGAGUGAAGGUGGAACCCUCCCUGCAGACCCCUGCUUGGAAGUCCAAAGACUGUUGGCUCUGCCCGGUCUCGGGGCAUCCGCCGACAUCCAACAGUUCAUCGAACGGAAGGAAGCUGCAAUGCAAUACAAGGAUGUGCAGCAGAUGGAUGGCUCCAUCAACCGACUCUACUGGGCCCCGUUCCCGACUGUGGGCCCCACUGCCAAGAAAGCUAGUCCCGCCAGCCCGGUUGGCAUUCCACCACCCAGCAACAGGGCAGUUACCUUUGCCCCUGUGCCGGCAACUGUCGCUAAGAGCACUUGCACUGUGUCUGCGCAGGCAGUGCCCAAGCAGGGCAUCCUGAGACGGCCCACGACGGAUCUUGCUGAUGAGCCGAUUGUAUUCAAGCCUGCUACAGCAAGCCAGGUCCAGGAUUUCUUCAUGAAUGCCAAAGCUCGGCCGGUCGCGACGCCUGUGCGUGUGUGCAAGGGAGAAGUUCCUUGCGAGGCAGCUGUGAGGGCCACGCCCACGGCUGAAGCUCAUCAGAAGGCGACAGAUGCCCCUGCUGCGAUCGCAUGCAAGGGUGAAGCUCAUCAGAAGGCGACAGAUGCCCCUGCUGCCAUCGCAUGCAAGGGUGAAGCUCAUCAGACGGCCACAGGUGCCCCUGCUGUCACGAACGCUGAAGGUCAUCAGAUGGCCACAGGUGCCCCUGCUGUCACGAAGGCUGAAGGUCAUCAGAAGGCCACAGCCCCUCCUGCCAGUGCUUGCAAGGGUGAAGCUCUUCAGAUGGCCGCCCCUGCUUCCAAGACUGAAGGUCAUCAGACGAUCACAGGUCAUGACACGGCAGCUCCCAAAGCUGCUGCUGCUCCCCCCAAGGCUGCUCCCCCCAAGGCUGCAGCCCCUUCUUCCUCUGUUCAGACG